CCUGGUCUUGCUCAUCUCGGCCUCCAGUUCUGGGUAGCGCGCCACUGCCCCCAGCCAUGCUGACACACCGAGGGACAGCCCUGGCCUUUGCACUGGGUCUUCCCCUCCGUGGUCGCGCGCUCUUCUGCAGAAGCAGAGGGGAAGCUGUGGCCACCGGGGGGGCAGCAGCAGCCUGGAUGUGCAGCCAGCUCCUGCUCCCCCAGGAUGGGACAGGGCGUAGGUGCCUCCCUCCUUCCGCAUUCCCGGGGUCCCCCGUUCCUGCUUUGGGGUCCCCUCCGGCUUUCCAGCAAGUUUCACUUCUCUUGUGGCACCACGGCCAAGAGCUGAGCUUCUGCUUGGGGGGCCAGGGGUCCUAGCGCUGGUGUUGCAGCCCCUGCCCCAGGAUGGACCCCUUGGCAGGGGCACUGGGCUGCUCCAUCUCAUCAGCUGCCCCCCGCCCCCUUUCCCCCCUCGUCCCUACCCGCAGCCCACCCACGCACGGGGGGCUUUGCUAUUCCCAGCAAUGGGCCCGGUGGCUGCGCCACCCCAUCCCUGCCGCAGCACCUCGAAAGUCGGGCAGAAAGGUGAGGGCUGGGCCUCCCCGCAGCCUCUGUGGAGCCCAAACUUCCCCUUCGCUUUCUAGGAACCUCAGGAAGUACGUGAGCGGCAGCAGCAGGGUGCAGCCCGAGCCUCCCUGGCCUGCCUAUGGGGUGGGGGGGCUGCUCCCUCCCCUCCCCCAGGGCGGGUGCCCAGCGUGGGUGCAGGGGCUGUGCCCUGCCCAGCUGAGCAGUCCUGGUGCUCACAGGGAUGGUGGCUGUGGCUGCCUCUGUCUCUGUGUCCAUGUCCCAGCACAGCAUGCCAAGGGACAAGUGGCCAGGGCAGCUGCAUGGCCCGGGAAGGGGUGAGACAGCCCAUGCCUGGGUGGGUGCUGCACCCCGAGCACCUGCAGGGACCCGCUCCUCUCCCCAGGCACCUGCAACAGCCCAACCAGCCACGGCCAAGCGCUGGGCCUGCCCCUCUCUGGACCCCCGGGACAGGUGCUGCUGGGCCUCAGUGGUCCCUUCCCCACUCAGCUUUGUGCGGCACGUGGUGAUGUGCAAACCGUCAACCAGUCCUGGGGCUCAGGACCGCUCUGCAGGAGCUGGGAGCACCCCAGGCUCCAGCACUGUCCCACAUGCCCGUUCACCCAGCGGCUCCUGGGAAGGGACCCGUCCUCACUGCCCCGGCAAUGCCCACCAUCAGGGCAGGGCAGCAGGUUCCCGGUGCCCCCUGGCCUGGGAAGUACCCGUGGUGAGUCCCAGCAAGGCUGGGUGGGCUGGGGGCUGAGCACAGGUCCCGGCUUGCAGCUCCACCCAGCGCAGCUUUCUCCGCUUCUGAGAACUGUGAUGCUUCUGUGGUUUGGCUUCACCUUGGGACAGUCCCGUGGGGUCCCAGCUCAGUAUAUACCCAGCCACCCACCGGCACCCAGCCCAUGCCAAGCCCACUGGAGCAGCACAGACCACAGCAGCAAGAUGCUGGUGCUGGUGGGGCUGAUGCUGUACCUUGCUCCGGCGGAUGCCCUGACUGCCUUCCCCCCAAAGUUUCAGGUAGGGGAACUGAAUGGGGAUGUGGUGGUGAGAUGCAACACAUCGGUGCAGCAAGUGACCUGGACGCAGAACGGGGAGCCAGAUCCCAUGGUCGAGCUGGUGACAGAGGGACAGAAUCUCACCAUCAUCGGCUUGGACCUGCCAGCCACAGGCAACUACAGCUGCUGGGCCAACACCAUCCUGCUGGACUCCACCUACGUGGUGGUCAGCAGCACCCCCCUGCCAGGCAAGGAGGGGAUUAAUGUCUCCUGCCAGGCUGAGUCCUACCAUGGCUCCUUCCGCUGCUCCUGGACCGGCCCCCACUCCGCUGUCUUCCACGCCCGCCUCACACGCAGUGAUGGCUCCUUGGGGGAAUGGGUGCCAGCUACCGGCCACCAUGGCCAGUUCAGCGCCAGCUUUGUGGAUCCCUCCUUCUGCCCCUUUGGUGAGGAGCUGCAUCCGCUGCAGCUGCAGCUGGAGGGGCUCUCAGACACUUCCUACCUCAACUUCUCCAUCCACUUCUUCAUCCGUGACAUCGUGCGGCCCGACCCACCGCAGAAGCUGACCGUGCAGCGACAGGGGGAGCAGCUCCACCUGGCCUGGGCCCCCCCGGCCUCCUGGCUGCUCCCCAAAUCCUACUUCACCCUGUUCUACCGGCUGCAGUACGAGCUCCCCAAUGGCACCCAGGUUGACAAGGAUGUGGAGGAUGCGGAGGAGACAUGGCUGCAGGUGUGCACACGGCGGGUGCGCAUCAGUUGCCAGGACCCCUAUGCCAGCCACGCCUGGAGCCCCUGGAGCCCCUGGCAGGACAUCGAUGGAGCUCAGCAGUGCCAGCUCCAAGCACAUUGAUCCCACACAUGGACACCCUUGCACCCAUCCCCUGCCCUGCUGCACCUCCGUGUGCACAGGGACACCCAGGGCUGCAGGGCACCCCACCAGUUUGGCAGCCAUUGGCAUCCAACACCAACCUUCCCAUUCUCUUGUACAGCUGGAAGAGGCUUUUUACCUCUGUUAAAGAGCUGGG